AUGGAGGCCAGAUCUCUGGCUUCCCUCAAUUUCUUGGCUUCAAACCCACCGCAGUAUCCAUACAAUCCGACAGAGGAGAGGCAGCAACAUCUAACACUUUACAUUUCUCGCGUACCUGGAACACGAGACGUCAUCCUUUCUCCAUUUAAACCCCAGCGCAAAAAUGUCACCGUCGAGGACGUCGCCAGCUCUCUCUACUACGUCCACCUCGAUACCUCCUCCGAGUUGACUCUGGCGAGCCCCGGAAAGCGUCAGGAUCAGUACAGAGGCUCUAUGGACGGGGGGGAUAGCGCACACAGAAACGCCAUCCCCAGAAAACCCGUCCCCGGGUCCGCCCACUCGGACCGAUCGUUCCAGCUUCAAGCGCAAUCUCAGCCCCAACCUCAGCUCAACACGCCGGUAAGUCCGGUGAGCCCGGUCAACCCGCCGCCCAGGGAUAUCACCCAGCUUCCCAGUCUUUCCUCGCCGCCAGGCAAGGAUAACAGGCCAGCUCUACCACCCCGCCCGGAGGGGGUAUCGAGCACGGCAACCGGCACAGCAACAGAGGAACGGGCUUCCCGCCCGCCCCCGACCAUGGCGACCACGGCCGACUCCGACAUCGGCUUUUCAGACUCUGGCGCUCCCUCUGCUUCUGGUGACUCUGCUGGUGGCGCUGCUACUGAGCCUCCGGUGUUAAGGGUAGAGGUUCCUGGUACAGGUCGGGGGCUACGCGUGCCAGAAAUUCCACCCUUUACAAAGGCACCAGCUCUCUCGCCCUCACCCGUCGCCAGAGCGCAGGAUAUGGCGCCGGAUGGUAGAGCAGAACUCUCCGCCGUUGCAAGGGCACCACAAAUCGCACGCGCUUCCACCAUUACGCGCAAGGCUGUGCCUUCUAUCCCCCGUGCUGAGGAGCCAUUUACGAGCUCCCGUCGACCGUACUCGGACAUCUCAUACCACCAGGCCCACCUGGACGACCUGCGGCUCGACGGCGCUCACGACGACCACCGCCAGGGUCGUGAGGAGGCCCUUGCGGCACUCUCUGGGGGUGGGAGCGGCAGCGGUAGCCAGAGCCGGGAGAGGUCGUCGUCCCGAAGGCCGCGGGCGCUGUCGGCGGCCAACUCCCCGGUGUGGAGCGACAGCAGGUCGCCGUCACCGAGGAAGCAGCAGGCCGAGCCGUUUACCCUGAGGUUGAUCCGUCGCGACCCGAGCUCGGGGAGUCAGUGGAACGUGGGGACUGUGUCGUCAGCGCACUACAAGGAUACCGACGACGUCAACGCCAACGGAAAUGGUAACGGUAAUGGUAACGGCAACAGUAACGGAAACGCUACCAACCUAGAUGGAAACGGCAGCAGCGCGGCACACCGCCACGACCACCACCGCCACGACGGGCAACGCCAUGAGAGCUCACCCACGCCCCGGCCGCCGCUGGACAUUGUGAUCGAGACGUCGGGAUACGCCAAGUUCCGCAACAUGCCUGCUUCGCAGCCGCGACACCUCGAGACGGGCUUCUUCUCGCGGCAGGUGACCAUGACCUAUACCAAGAGCUGGUCAUCUACGCUGCGGCAAAAGCUCAACUGCAUCGACAGGAACUCGCGCCACCAGCUGCCGCGACAGCCGCGCAGCGGAUCGCUCAAUUCGGAUGGAUCGUCGUCCAUGCUGACGGACAGCACCGAUACCACGGCUACAGCGACAACCGGCAACACGACCACAACAGCGACCACGACGAGCAACCCAGGAUCAGGCAUGAAGGCGAGGGGCUACGUCUUCACCAGCCCUUGGGAUGGACGGUGCGAGUUCCGCACAGGCAACGGCGGUCGGAGUCUGACGUGCCGACAUGUGGUGCAUGACGAGUCGACGUCGGGGGCCUACAACCCGCUCGUGGCAGAGCAGCAGACUGCGACGACUGUGCCUCCUAACUUCCCGAGCCCCAUUGUCAGUGAGCUCCGCUUCAACCUUCCGAGCGCCGAGUUGUUCCCGGCUCUCUCGGCCAAAGACCAGCGGGUUGCCCGCCAGAAGCUGGGUAACCUGCGUAAGUUGUGGAAGAGGGAAGAUAUUGCGUACGACUCGUCCGACUAUGAAGAAGAGUACGAUGACAAUGUCUACAAUGAUGACGGUGGCCACGGCAAUCGAAAUGGAAACGGCCACGAUGGACACGACGACGACGACGAAAUCUCCCCCUUCGAUGUCAAUCUUGGAAGGGAACGGGCAGGUGGUGGCAACAGUGGAAAGAGGGCCAAGCUGGGCAAAUUGAUUGUGACGAAUGAGGGAUUGAAGAUGUUGGAUCUGAUAGUUGCGGCCAAUAUGGGGAUAUGGUGGGGAGCAUGGGAAAAGAGUAUGUGA